GAUCGGUCGAUGACAGAAAAGACAUGUUCCUUACUUAAUAAUGACAUAAUAAUGCCUCUUGUGACGCGACUAUAAAUAUAUACGCGCCUAAUGGUCCUAUUCCGAAAACGCGAGAAGCCGAGUCUAUUUUAACGGAUUUGGAGCGACUAGGUUCCCCGGAGUAGGGUCCCGUUGACCCUACGGACGCCUAAAACCAGACGUCCUGGACGGACGGCCAGAGAGAGUUCUCGGCUACUCGCGAGUAGCGAUCCUCCGAGAUCACCUUGAUCGCGUCAUUCGUCGCGAAUUUGCAAUUCACAAUUCACGACGUCACUCGCUCCUGCCGGGUUGCACUUUAACCUCCCUUUUUCUCUCUCGCGCGCGCGUCCCGGGUCCACGUGGGUCGCCGGAUCAACCGCAAUGCAAAACGUACGAGCAUUGGUGCUUCCAGUCUUAGCUGCAGUGGGAACAAUAGUUGUUAUAGGAGUUGCAUUUAAAAUAUACAAAUCUUGGAGCGAUAAAAGAAAAAAAUCUCCAAUACUACUGAUUGAUCCAGUAGUCAAGUAUAGUUUACCUUUAAUUCAAAAAGACAUAAUAAGUCAUGAUACAAGGAAGUUUAGAUUCGGCUUACCAACACCGAAUCACAUUCUGGGUCUACCUAUUGGUCAACAUGUACAUUUAACGGCAAGAAUCGGGGAAGAGGUUGUGAUACGGUCAUACACACCUGUCUCAAGUGAUGAUGAUCAUGGCUAUGUGGAUCUUGUCAUCAAGGUAUACUUCAAGAAUGUGCAUCCAAAAUUCCCAGAGGGAGGAAAAUUGUCUCAAUAUUUGGAAAACAUGGAAAUAGGAGACACCAUUGACUUUAGAGGUCCAUCUGGUAGAUUGGUUUACAAAGGAAAUGGAAAGAUCUGUAUAAAACUUCUUAGGAAAGAACCACCGGUAGAAUAUAAUGUUAAAAAGAUUGUUAUGCUCGCUGGUGGUACAGGCAUUACACCAAUGUUGCAGUUAAUCCGUGCGAUAAUAAAAGACCCUACAGAUGAAACUCAAACUUCCUUACUAUUCGCUAAUCAGACUGAGAAAGAUAUCUUGCUACGAGAUGAAUUACACGAUAUCGCCAAAAAACAUCCGAACAAAUUGAAACUUUGGUUCACAGUCGACACAAGUAGUGAGGGAUGGCCUUACAGUACAGGAUAUAUCAGUGCUGAUAUAAUAGAAAAACAUAUGUACCCACCAUCAUCAGAUACCAUCGUACUAAUGUGUGGUCCACCUCCGAUGAUCAAUUUUGCUUGCACUCCAAAUCUCGAUAAACUUGGUUAUGAUUCCAAAUUACGAUUCGCAUAUUAAUUGAUGAUUUGUCAUGCAGAUCAUAUAGAGUUUGCAUCUGGCAAAGAUUUGCUUUGCUUUUAGUAAUGUUUAGGGGUAAAUUUCUGAUUAACUAAAUGUCAUACAGUCUGCUUGGUACAUAAUACCAAUCAAAAACUUAUCUGUUAAAUUUUCAUCCAAACUUAUUCAUAAAGACAACUCAAACAGUAUUGCAUAAUUCCUUGUAUAAGUGUUAUAAAUUUACAAAAUCAACGAAAUGUAAUUGUGCUAUAUACAAAUUAUCUAUAUAGAGUUAAACGAAAAACACCAAAAAAGUUUUGAUUUUUUUUUUCAAUUUUAAAGAUUGACAAACAAGAUUUUAGAGCAAAUCAUCAAAUUUAUAUGAAAUAAACAUUUUCCUUAUGACUAAAAUAUAUUUUAUUCAAUUCAUUUUUUUGUUCAUUAAAAAGUGUACAAAAUUAGGUAAUUAAAGUAUAUUGUUCGUGUAGAAUAUGCAUACAAAAUAUUGUAUAAAUAUUUUUCAAGCAUUUAUUAAUGUUGAAUCUAUUGUAUUGUUAUAAAAAGUUCUGAAUACAGACGUUCUGCUUAUUGUACAAUAUCUCUCAUUUGAGAAAUUAGGAAAAAUAAAACACAAUUCUUGUAGAAAUAUAACACAAUGUUCGAAGCAGUGUAAAUGGUAUAUUCUGCUUACUGUGAUAAUUAGUACAUUAGUAUCAAAUAUAUAACAUUGUGAACAAGAGAGUGAAAUAUUGACGCGCAAUUAAAUAAUACUCCAAUAUCUUGUUAA